AUGUAUGACAUUGGCGAGUGCACGCAAGGGGCGGGCAUGGUGAGGGCGCACUUCCCCCCAGCCAAGUUUCGGGAGACGCUUUUCGAUGCCAACCCCGCAGCCAGCCCCGCUGUCAAUUUGACACGUCUGGGCGCGCGUGACCGCAGAGCCAGCACGGCGAAUCCGCGCGGUGAGGCCCACUUGAAGCAGCAGCAGCAGCAGCAGCAGCAGCAGCAGCAGCAGCAGCAGCAGCAGCAGCAGCAGCAGCUGCUGCCACGUCGCAGGCGCGCCGCCAGCGCCGCGCCGGCGGGCGCCGCGGCGCCGAAAGGGCCGCGCGAGGAGCUGUACAUGAGUGUAUACGCCUCCGACUACCACAAAGCCGGCAGGCCCGAGGACGCGGCGCGCGCGGGGGCGCUGGUGCGCGCGCGGCUCGGGCUGGCCGCGGGCAGCGAGUGGGCUGCGCUCGAGCGGCUGGACGCGGAGCGCGCGGCGGCGGACAGGGCGCGGCGCGCUGAGGCGGCCGCGGCCGCGCGCGUGGCGCAGGAGGAGGUCCUGAGUGUGCAGGUCGCCGCGCACCAGGCGGCCGCGCGGGCGGCGGCGGAGGCGAAGGCACAUGAGCUGCGGGAGGCGCGGCUGCGGGCGGCGGAGUUCGAGGCGGCAGAGGCGCGGCGGGCGGCGGCGGAGGCCGGGAAGCACGCGGCGCUCAGGGCAGACAGGGAUGAGCAGCUCGCGGCCAAUGAGGCGCUGCGGCGGCGCCGCGAAUCCAAGCGCCAGAAGGAGGAAGCUGCCCUGCUGGCCUCCGCGCGCGCCCAACUCGAAGCGGCGCGGGCCGACGCCGCCCGCAAGGCGGCCGCCGCCGCCGAGGCGAUGCGCCGCACGGUCGCAGAGCGCGCGGCGCAGGCGGCGGCACGGCGCGAGGCGGGGGCGCGGCAGAGGCGGGAGGACGAGGAGCUGAUGCGGGAGACGAUCAGGACGCUCGAGGCGCAGGAGCGCGAGCGCGACGCGGCGCUGGCCGCCUUCCACGCGUCGAUCGAGGCGCGUGCUGCCAAGGCCGGCGCGAUCGCCGUGGCGGAGAGCACGGCGCGGGCGGAGCGGGAGGAGCGGCUCAUGCGGGCGGGGGAGGCGCGGGCGCAGGAGGAGGCCGCAGCAAAGGCCGCCAGGGAGGCGUCCAAGAGGGCAGCCAUGGCAGAUGACCUCCGCCGCGCCGCCGAGGCGGCCGCCGCGCGGCGCGCCGCGGAGCGGGAGGCCGCGCUUCAAGAGCAGGCGGCGGCGCGCGCUGACCUGAAGGUAUCCGGAGGACGCGUAGACGGGCCGGCAGCGCGCGGGUGUACGCAGUGCGCUGGCGCCCUGUUUCCCUGA